CCACUCUUCAUUUUCUUCCUCUUCUUCGCAAGCUGCCUUCCAAGCACCGAUUCUUCUUCCCGAACCCAGGUGAAGAAGUCCGCGGCUGGUGUCAUUAUCGAUCUCACGAGGCCUCACUCUCGUCGAUAAUACCCCGCCUUCCCGCUCCUCUGCGCGGUGUCAAGGCUUUCUGCUCUUCACAAAAAAAAAAACCAACAAAAGUUUAACAAGUCGAGUUCUCUCGCAAAACCGUCAAAAUGGUCAACUUCACCAUCGACGAGAUCCGGGCGCUUAUGGACAAGCCUACCAACGUCCGUAACAUGUCCGUCAUUGCCCACGUCGAUCACGGCAAGUCUACCCUGACCGACUCCCUCCUCGCCAAGGCUGGUAUCAUUUCCACCGCGAAGGCUGGUGAUGCCCGUGCCACCGAUACUCGUGCCGACGAGCAGGAGCGUGGUAUUACCAUCAAGUCCACUGCCAUCUCCCUGUACGGUACCCUCGAUGACCCCGAGGACAUCAAGGACAUUGUCGGCCAGAAGACGGACGGCUCCGACUUCCUUAUCAACCUUAUCGACUCGCCCGGUCACGUUGAUUUCUCUUCCGAAGUCACUGCUGCCCUCCGUGUCACUGAUGGUGCUCUCGUCGUCGUCGACACCAUCGAUGGUGUCUGCGUCCAGACCGAGACUGUCCUGCGUCAGGCUCUUACCGAGCGCAUCAAGCCCGUCGUUGUCAUCAACAAGGUCGACCGUGCUCUUCUCGAGCUCCAGGUCUCCAAGGAGGAUCUGUACCAGUCCUUCUCGCGUACCAUCGAGUCCGUCAACGUCGUCAUCUCCACCUACACCGACAAGACCGCUGGUGACCUUCAGGUCUACCCCGAGAAGGGUACCGUGGCUUUCGGCUCCGGUCUCCACGGCUGGGCUUUCACCAUCCGCCAGUUCGCCACCCGCUACGCCAAGAAGUUCGGUGUCGACCGCAACAAGAUGAUGGAGCGUCUCUGGGGUGACAGCUACUUCAACCCCAAGACCAAGAAGUGGACCAAGAACGGUACCCACGAGGGCCAGCAGCUUGAGCGUGCCUUCAACCAGUUCAUCCUGGACCCCAUCUUCAAGAUCUUCGCUGCCGUCAUGAACUUCAAGAAGGACGAGAUCACCCAGCUCCUUACCAAGCUUGACCUCAAGCUGCCCACCGCCGAGCGCGAGAAGGAGGGCAAGCAGCUCCUCAAGGCCGUCAUGAAGACCUUCCUUCCUGCUGCCGACUCCCUUUUGGAGAUGAUGAUUCUCCACCUUCCUUCCCCUGUUACUGCUCAGCGCUACCGUGUUGAGACUCUGUACGAGGGUCCCCAGGACGACGAGGCCGCUGUCGGUAUCCGUGAGUGUGACCCCAAGGGUCCCCUCAUGCUCUACGUCUCCAAGAUGGUGCCGACCUCCGAUAAGGGUCGGUUCUACGCUUUCGGACGUGUCUUUUCAGGUACCGUCCGCUCCGGUCUCAAGGUCCGCAUCCAGGGCCCCAACUACGUCCCCGGCAAGAAGGAGGACCUCUUCAUCAAGGCUAUCCAGCGUACCGUCCUGAUGAUGGGUGGCAAGGUCGAGCCCAUUGACGACAUGCCUGCCGGUAACAUUGUCGGCCUGGUCGGUAUCGACCAGUUCCUGCUCAAGUCUGGUACUCUUACCACCAUCGACACUGCCCACAACCUCAAGGUCAUGAAGUUCUCCGUGUCGCCCGUCGUCACCCGCUCCGUCCAGGUCAAGAACGCCCAGGAUCUUCCCAAGCUCGUCGAAGGUCUCAAGCGUCUCUCCAAGUCCGACCCCUGUGUCCUGACCAGCUCCAACGAGUCUGGUGAGCACGUCGUCGCCGGUGCCGGUGAGCUGCACUUGGAGAUCUGCUUGCACGAUCUCGAGCACGACCACGCUGGUGUGCCUCUCAUCUUCUCGGACCCCGUCGUCCAGUACCGUGAGACUGUUGCCGGCAAGUCCAGCAUGACUGCCCUGUCCAAGUCGCCCAACAAGCACAACCGUCUUUACAUGGUUGCCGAGCCCAUCACCGAGGAGCUCGCCAAGGACAUUGAGGAUGGCAAGAUCAGCCCCAAGGACGAUUUCAAGGCCCGCGCCCGUCUCCUUGCCGACGAGCACGGCUGGGAUGUCACCGAUGCCCGCAAGAUUUGGUGCUUCGGUCCCGACACCACCGGUGCCAACUUGCUCGUCGACCAGACCAAGGCCGUCCAGUACCUCAACGAAAUCAAGGAUUCCGUCGUCUCUGGUUUCCAGUGGGCUACCCGCGAGGGUCCCGUUGCCGAGGAGCCCAUGCGUGCCGUCCGCUUCAACAUCCUCGAUGUUACCCUGCACGCUGAUGCCAUCCACCGCGGUGGUGGCCAGGUUAUCCCUACCGCCAGACGUGUCCUGUACGCCGCCUCUCUGCUUGCUGAGCCGGCUAUCAUGGAGCCUGUCUUCCUGGUUGAGAUCCAGGUCAACGAGGCCACCAUGGGUGGUGUCUACGGUGUCCUGACCCGCCGGAGAGGUCACGUCUUCAACGAGGAGCAGCGCCCUGGUACUCCUCUCUUCACCAUCAAGGCCUACCUGCCCGUCAUGGAGUCUUUCGGCUUCAACGCCGAUCUGCGCCAGGCUACUUCCGGCCAGGCUUUCCCCCAGCUUGUCUUCGACCACUGGCAGAUCCUGCCCGGUGGCUCUCCCCUCGACCCCACCUCCAAGACCGGCAAGAUCGUCCAGGAGACCCGCAAGCGCAAGGGUAUCAAGGUCGAGGUUCCCGGCUACGAGAACUACUACGACAAGUUGUAAGCGGUUCCCGUCGACCAAGAAUGAAAAGAAGCCUGGCAGAUGCCUCGACAGCAUCGCCAAGUGGUUUGGCGCAGGCCUCCUUUGGUAGGUAUGCUCAGAGAAAAGGGCAGGCCAGGGAGGCUGUCAAAAUGAGCCAAGGUGCAAACGGAUACGCAAAAGCUACGUUCUGGCGCGACAAACGCGAUUGGACUAGCAGACACCGUCUUAUGCUUAUAUGCCCGUAGUGAUGACGAAUUGAAUCAUGUUAAGACAA